AAAUCUAUAUACUCCCAAAUCUUGGAUUACUGUAGCAUAAAACUAAAGUUUCUAUUGAGGCUUCUAAAAUUAUCGCCUCCUCUCUAGUCUUGAAAGCUCUCUUUCAGUUCUGCAAUUCUUAAUCAAGUCUCCACUCAAAAUUGUUCUUGAUACAGAAAUGAUGCACCCCUUAUUAGCAAUUUGCCAGAAACAAAACUCAAUACGACAAUUGACGCUUUCCUUACCUUAAUUCCAAAAUAACAGCAUUAACGAAUAAUACUUUCUUACAGUUUAAAUUUUUGGAAGACAGUUUCCGUAGACAACAUAUACAUGUAUGUUGUCAAUUUAGAAUUUUGGUAUUCUUAUGAUAUCAACUUUUUUAUUUUUAUUUUCUCUCAACCAAAUUAAAGGCUUCUUUGAGUAACUAGAUCUCUACAUUAAAGGCUUUGCUUGUACAUGUAGUUGCAUUUUAAUUACUGCGCACAACGGGCAUUUGAGGUUGAUAUCAUGUUUCCUAUAGUUACAUGCCGUGUGCAAAAAUGGAUUGCUAUUAGUGAAUAUUGCUUGCUGUUAUUAUAACGAAUGCAAGUUUGUUUAAAAAAUGAUAAUAUCCCAAAACCUUGCAGAUUAAUGAACAAGAUACAAAGAAAUAUUUAUAAAAUAUGUGGAAUUUAAGAAGUGUUAUCUAUUAAAAACCACCGGAUUCCUUCAGCUGUGAUCGAAGUUAUCAUAAGAUUCAUGCAUUGUUUUUCUCUAAGAAUGGUUUUAAAAUAUCGGAAAUGUGUCGGAAGCUGUGUAUUUAUUGCUGUCAUUUUUGCAAUGUAUCGAUGUAUAGAAUUUCGAAUGAUCGACACACCAUGCAAACAAAUAAGAAGACCCCACCAUACCAUUUCCAUGCCCUCGACGCCAUUCCCUUUAAGGUUAGACCUUAAGAAAGUGGUCCAUGACUUUGAUUGUCGACGGGUAAUUGAAGGGGACGAAGAGUACAUAUCAGUAGUCAAUGAUACGAUGUCAAAAAGAACAUAUACAUUUUUAAAAGAUAAUCAAAUAGGAAGUUUGGCUCAAAACUGUGAACAUUUCUUUCAGGAACAUAGUUAUGACAAUUUCCUCGUAUCCCAAGAUGAACUUGAGUUUCCGAUUGCUUACACAAUAUUAACUCACAAGGAUGCCACACAAACAGAAAAAUUGCUUCGAACUAUUUAUCGACCACAGAAUAUUUAUUGUAUACACGUGGACAAGAGUUCAAAUUCUUCUUUAUUACAUGCCUUGGAGGCCAUUUCAAAUUGUCUUCCCAAUGUUUUCAUUGCUUCAAAAUUAGAGGAAGUUGUGUAUGCUGGAAUUUCCCGACUAAAAGCGGACUUGAAUUGUAUGUCUGACUUACUAAAUCAAACUGAUGUUAAAUGGAAAUAUGUCAUCAAUUUACCAUCCCAAGUUUAUCCCUUGAAAACAAACGCAGAAAUUGUUAAGAUUUUGAAAAUUUAUAAUGGAAUGAGCAGCAUCGAGAGUGUUUACGAUGAGAAAUCGUAUUAUCGAUGCAACGUAUCUUACACUGUACAGAAAGGGAAAAUGGAGUCAACAGGGAAGAAAAAAGAUCCGCCACCUUCUAAUAUCACUGUUGGAAAAGGGAGUGCAUAUGGUGUGUUUAGUUGGAGCUUUGUGAAUUAUUCAAUAAAUGAUGUGAAAGCUCAGGUUAUUUUAAAUUGGUUAAAUGACACUUAUAGUCCCGACGAAUUCUUUUGGGCGACACUGGCUAGCAAUAAACACCUAAAUGUCCCCGGUGUACUAGGAUUUCCAGACCGAACAUUGUGGAUAGCAGUUAGUGUAACUUGGCAGGGAUCCGAGGAUUGCCAUGGAAAAUACGUAAGGGACGUCUGCGUGUUUGGAAUCGGUGAUCUAAAUAAACUUGUAUCCGAAAAAGAACUAUUUGCCAAUAAGUUUUAUCACGACUAUCAGCCCCUUGCAUUGCAGUGCAUGGAGGAGUGGUAUCUCAAUAAAUCCUUUAGUCCAGUGAGUCUAGAAACAUACCGCUAUAGGAAAAUUAUUAAUUCGAUAAAAAAUAUUUAAUUUUGUAUUCUUCACAGAGGACAGAACAUUGUAAUGAUUUCUAUGUUGUUUUAGCACAUCUGAAUGUAUUAAUGUAGGAUACCAAUAUAUAUGUUUGCCAUGAACCUAAUGCAGUUAUGCUUAAAUCAAUUGUAAUUUUUGUAUUCUUCAAUUUUCAUUUCAGUAUUCUUACAAUUUUUUGGAAAUACAGGCGAUAUAUUUUCGAAAAAGUACGAUUUAUAAUAAAAUGACUCAUAAGGUAUAGGUUUAUAAACUUUGAGACUGAAAAUAGUUCAAAAUAACGUAAUUUAAUCGGUUGAAAUAUUCAUUGCAAAUUACAUAAGAGCUAUGAAUAAUGCAUGAAUCUUUUGAAGCUGAAAAAUGAUCCUUAUCGAUUUCAUCUACGUUUUGAAAAAAAGAGUCUGCGUGUGGGUGAUUAUCUCAAAGAAAUAUAUCGCCUCUUGAUUACGUCUGGUGUAAAGACGAAUAAUGACCCCCAUCGAAUAAUGACCGAGGGUUAUUUUUCGACAGCGAAAAUUGACCCCCGGUCAAUAUUCUACGGCGAAAAAUGACCCCCGGUCAUUAUUCGACGUAGAAAAAUGACUCUUUUGCCCGUAGAAAAAGUGUCACCACCCUAAAAAUUUGCAGAACCCACGUGAAGAAAAAUGACCCCCGUAGAAAAAUGACUCCCUGUGGAUUAAUAAAGCUGAAAUUUUUAGGGGGCAAAAAAAAUUAGAUAAAGAAGCA